AUGGAGGUUGAGGAUGGUUGGGAGAUCUGUUUUUUAGAAUUCCCCAAUAUCUCCUGCUGGAAGAUGCAUUAUACUUGGCCUGAAACAUUGUUCAUUGACAUUGCACUGUACACCAUCUCUGUACUCACUGUGGUCCUCAACCUGCUCAUCAUCAUCUCAGUCUCCCACUUCAGGCAGCUCCACACACCCACCAACAUCCUCCUCCUCUCUCUGGCUGUCUCAGAUUUUCUUGUGGGCCUCCUGCUGAUGCCAAUAGAUGCAGUAAAAAGAACACAUUGCUGGUUUCUUGGUGACUUUUUUUGUUCUCUCUUCUGGUUUGUGUCCGAAAUCAUUCUCUCUGCCUCAGUCGUAAACAUGGUGCUCAUAUCAGUUGACCGCUAUGUGGCUAUUUGUUACCCUCUGCAUUACACCACCAGAAUCACUGUGAAUAGAGUUAAAGUCUGUGUUUGUCUCUUAUGGUUUUGUACUGUUGCCUACAAUAGUUACUUCUUUAAUUUACAUCAUAAUCAACAAGAAGGAAACACUGAUUACUGCUAUGGAGAAUGUAACAGUUUAUCUCAUGAUGCCGGUGCUUACCUUACACUUCUUUUGAACCUCAUUGUUCCUGUUACUGUCAUCAUAGUUUUAUAUUCAAGAGUAUUUGUUGUGGCUGUGUCUCAAGCUCGUGCCAUGCGCUCUCACAUUACAGCUGUCACAAAGCAGAUUUCAGUGACUAAAACAGCAAAGAAAUCUGAGCUGAAAGCAGCCAGGACUCUUGGUGUUGUGAUUGUUGUCUUUCUAAUGUGUUUCACACCAAGUUACUUCGCAAGUUUGGGAGGGCAUGACUUCGCAAGUUAUUCAACUGCAUAUUUUAUUCUGUAUCUUUACAAUUUUAACUCUUGUUUAAACCCUGUGAUUUAUGCCUUGUUUUACCCCUGGUACAGAAAAACAGUUAAACUCAUUGUUACUCUUCAGAUACUGCAGCCUGGCUCCUGUGAGGCCAACAUACUGUAGAGAAAAUUAGUAUUUCUGUGUUUUUACUCUGCUUUGGAUUUUUUAAGUUUUGGAUGUCACAUUUUAUGAUUUAUUAUUUUUAAAAAAUCUAUCAGAAAAGCUCUCAAUCUGUAUAAGGGCAUGAAGUCAAGAGAUUACCUUUUUGAACUGUUGACUCCUUAUGGACUAUCCUCUCUCCCAUGCACAUGAUGUGAGAGGAAACUGAUCUGAACCCUCUCAGAGACAGAUGUAGAUGCUGGAUGUGUUGUAUCUCUGCAGGUCUGUUUGAUAAGAGUCACGUCUUUGGGGUGUUUGUGACAGUGAACAUAGCUGUUUGUAUAAAAUUAAACUGCUUCUCAG